AGAACUUCCAAAGAAAUUUAUAGAAUGCCGGACGCUGCGUCUGGAUUUUGGGUUGCCUGUGGCGUUUUUGGUGUGUGGUUUGUGUAGGUAGACUGGGUUUUAAUUCGCAACAUUGAAGCCGCUGGACAACGUAGUUCGAUAACAWAUAAAGCUCGAUGAAUUAUUUGUCUAACUUCAAUACCUGCUAUCAAGAUGAAAAUGCCAGCAUAUAUGGAGCUUGAUAAAGAGAAGAUAUUUGUUGACAAUCUYGCUGCUGUUAAUCAAGAUGCACGUCUCGAGGCUGUAAUAAACAUAAAGAAUAUUGUGAUUGGUAAUAAACUUCGAAAAACUCUUCUUAUUGAACUUGGUACCAUCCAGAAACUGGUGGAAAUGAUGUCAAGAGAUGACAGUACAAUUGAGUUUAUCAUUGAAGCUGUUGUUGUACUGGGAAGCUUCGCUAGAGCAGGGACAAAAGAAAGCAUUGGUAUACUUCUAAAGUCUCAUGCUCUUGAUGUUCUUCUCAAAGGAAUAUGUCACCAUGACAAGAGAAUUGUUGAGGCAUCAGCAAGAUCACUGCGCACAUUGUACCAGUCAAAUGGAAUACCUUGUGAUCCAAUAUAUGAGAAUCCACGAAUCAUUCCAAGACUCGUUGAGCUUCUCUCUGGGUCAUAUGCUGAAGCAGAGAGUGCUGCAACAAUAAUUUCAAAGUGCUGUCAAAGUGCAGCUCAUCAAGCUUUGCUUUGUAAUACUGGAGCUGUGGAUGCUUUGCUACCUUUGCUGUCUGGAAAGAUCAAAAAAAUUCAGCUUCCUGUACUGCACUGCUAUGCAGCAGCAUCACAUCAGAAUGGAUCGGUAUCACUAGCCAUGAUGUCAGCCUCUCAUCAAGGAGAAGGGCUUGUUCAAGUCUUGGCUAAACUUCUAUCACGAGACAAUCCAGACAACAUUCAAUUAGGUGCUGCUAAAUGUUUGACCAAUAUGUUUAGAUCAGGAGCUUUUACUGCUGAGGAUAAUCAUUCACUACUUCUUAAGAUCCUAAGCACCACUGUAAGAAUUUGCAGACAAGACAAACCUUCAUGCAUAAGAGCUGAGGCUGCUGAAACACUUGCAUACCUGAUUGAAGAAGACAUUGAACUGCAGAGAUUAGCUGCUAUAUCAGAUCAUCUAAUUAAAACAAUGAUUGGAUUUCUUCAAAAGAAUGACAUGGACAGUGAUACUUAUAACUUGAUGAGAGAGAGUGGACUCAAAGCUUUAGCAUCACUUGGUGCAACAGAUGAAAAUAUAAGGAAAAAGAUAAUAGAAAGUGACUCCACCAUGGACCAUGUCGUGGCUGGACUAGAGGAUGUCAACCCACAUGUCCAACUUGCAGCUGUCAAAUGUCUUCAUAGUUUAUCAAGGUCUGUUCAACAACUUAGAACGAGCUUUCAAGAUACAGCCGUUUGGAAGCCAAUUGUAAAGAUUAUGCAUAAUGCUGAUGAAGGGAUGUUGACUGURUGCUCAUCUGCUUUGUGUAAUCUCUUGUUAGAGUUUUCACCCAGUAAAGAGCCAAUUUUAGAAGCAGGAGCAGUAGCGUUAUUAGCCGGACUAACACGAAGAUCAGCAAAACCAUUAAAACUUAAUGGCAUCUGGGCUUUAAUGAACAUGGCAUAUCAAGCAAAUGAGACGACAAAGAAUAAAAUCAUGGAAGUUCUAGGACCUGCACAUCUUUUUAGUUUGUUAGAAGACCCUGAUACUGAUGUAGUAAUGAAGGCCUUGGGAUUGAUGAGAAAUCUGCUGUCUGGACGAGAGGACAUCAAUCGUAUUAUGAAUGUACAUGGAAAUCACGUCAUGAACAGUGUCAAGCCAAUCCUGGACAGUGAGUUACAGAAGGUGGAAGUCAAAGAACAGGCCUUAUGUGUCAUCGCCAAUAUAGCCAAUGGUACAUCGGCAAAAGAGUUCAUUGUUCGAGACGAAGGCCUUCUAAAACGAUUAAUGUAUUAUAUGAUGCACGAGAGCGUUAAGCUUCAAAUGGCUGCAACGUACUGUAUUUCAAAUCUGGUGUGGAAUACAGAAGAAGGAGCCAUGGAACGUCAAGUAAAACUACGUGACAUGGGCGUUCAGAAGCUCCUUCAAUCUCUUCUGACAACUACUGAUGCACACCUAUUUGAAAGGGUAAAAACGGCGCUGCAGCAGUUUACCUGAACCAUCUUAUUGCUGUAUGGGAUUUUCAAUUCGUUAAUGUGUCCUUGCAUGCAUAAUUUGUACAUCUUGAUAAUAUACUUUAAUAAAUGAAGUAUUCUUUGUA